AAACGUAGAUGGGCACAUGUUUAAUGGUUUAACUUUAGGGUUAUAUAACACACUCCCUGCAGAGUCUUGGUAAAAUGAAGCCGCCGUGUGUGGGUGGGUUUGAGACGCUUCAUUAUUAAGGCUGGCUAAAGUUACACAACAAAGACAUCGCUGUGUCGCACAGGUGAAGCGCAGCACCGGUUCACACUUGAUGGAAAAAUAUGAGAAUUUGGGGCUUGUUGGGGAGGGCAGUUAUGGAAUGGUGCUGAAGUGCCGCAACCGCGACACCGGAAAGAUUGUGGCUGUGAAGAAGUUUUUGGAAAGUGAGGAUGACAAAAGCGUGAAGAAAAUCGCCCUCCGCGAGAUAAAGAUGCUGAAACAACUACGGCAUGAGAACCUGGUCAGCCUGCUGGAGGUGUGCAAGAGGAGACGCCGCUGGUACCUGGUGUUCGAGUUUGUGGACCGGAACCUGCUGGAUGAGCUGGAGUUCCAUUCCUCUGGGCUGGAGAAGAACAGAUGCCGGACCUAUUUGUACCAGAUCCUGAGGGCUCUCAGCUACUGUCACCAGCACAAUAUCAUCCACAGGGACGUGAAGCCGGAGAAUGUUCUGGUGUCCCAGCAGGGCGUGGUCAAGUUGUGUGAUUUCGGGUUUGCGCGCACGCUGGCUUUGCCGGGGGAGGCCUACACGGACUACGUGGCAACGCGCUGGUACAGAGCACCUGAACUACUCGUGGGGGACCCCAAAUACGGCAAGGCUGUGGAUAUCUGGGCUGUUGGGUGUCUGUUUAUGGAGAUGCUGAGUGGGGAGCCUCUGUUUCCUGGUGACUCUGACAUUGACCAGCUCUACCACAUCAUCAGAUGCAUCGGUAGUCUCACACCACGGCACCAGGAGAUGUUCUACAGAAACCCACUGUUCUCUGGAGUCAGUCUCCCUGAGAACCUGCACACAAACACUCACACGCUCGACAUGCGCUUCCCCACGCUCACACAAUCUGCUGCCAGCCUUGCCAAGGAAUGUUUGCAGAUUGACCCUGAUAACAGACCGUGCUGUGUGGAUCUUCAACAGCAUGAGUAUUUUACCAAAGAUGGCUUUAAUGUCAGGUUUCAUCAGGUGCAAAGCUACAAGGAGGACAUGAAGGAGACCAAUAGCUCACUUAAAGGAGCCGUAGCAGCUAAACAGGAGACAGAGGAGAGGAGGGCCCCUGGCCCUAAAGACGCCCCAUCUAAAGGCACGGCCGUGGCCCAUGUGAGGCCCAGUGAGGAUGAGCCAGAGUUCUGCCCCCUCAGUAGCCAGGAGGCCGCCUCUACCUCCUCAAGAGCCAUCCCUCCCAUCAGCCAUACCCCCCUCACCAGUGGGCUGGGGCCAGCACCAGGGACACUUAAGUCCUUUGACAAGACUAAGAAGCAUGUCAACAUUCUCAACCGAAUCUCACAGCAGUCUGGGUCCAGCCACCUUGCAGUACAGAUACCCAGUGAGAGGAGUUUGGUGUGUGAGCGAUCAGUUGGGACCGUGAUGAAGAGAAGGGACACACACACACAUCGGGAAGAUAUACGACUCCCGGAACUCAAGAACACACUGCUGCCAGAGCUCAGAGGAACAGAGGGAAAGCACAAGUCGAAUAAAGAGAAAGAUCAGAAGAGAGACACAAAGAUUCCAUCUCUAGCGGCAGUGGACCUGCACUGCAAUACAAAUAUGGGCAUAUGAGAUGUUCAGACGGAACACGGAUCAUGUGGACGUCACUCUGAUGCUUUCCACAUGCCCCUCUUCACAUUGUAAAAUACCUCAUUGUUCCCACCUAUACACUGAGAAGCUCAUAAAGUGGUUUGCCUACAUGUUGUAUUUCAUCACUGUUAGAGACAUAACAAUUUGAGUGCAUGUACAAAGCUGUUUAUGUUGGACCAGGAAAAAGGAAAGAUAUUACUCAGUGGGCAGAUGUCUGAUGUCAAACUCCUUAUGCUUUUAAGACUUGAGGUUGUUCAGGAGUAGGAUAGACAAUAUCCCAACCUGUUACAUGUUUUUUUAUAUAGAUAUUUUGUGAAAGCAUUAAGAAGACUGUGAUAGACUUUUCCAGAAAUAUUAAAAGGGAAUAUUAUAUAAAUGCUGAAUUCACCUCAUAAUUUAUUCUUUUUGUACAAAACAACAAUUGCAGUGUUAGACAUGUAUGAAUAUUCCCAUUUUACUGCUUUUUGUGUUGAUUAAAAUAAUAACCAAA